UCCAAACUCGCAAUGCCAUCGACGUCCUUCCCUCCUGCCGUACACGUACACACGCACCUCUCUCCUUAACACAUGCUUCUUAAAAGGCUCACCAUAUCGGAUCUUAUUACGAAGCAGGCGGCCUUUCUACUGGGCGUUCGCCUGUGAAUUACCUAUCUAAGCACACAAAUACCUCUGGACAAUGCGCGCUUCGGAUCCCACGAUAGAUUCCAGGGUACGGCGAUCAUGGGCAACCAGCAGAGCAGAGUAACCGCCCAGGACAAAGCGAUCCUCGACCUCAAACUCCAGCGCGACAAGCUGCACCAGUACCAGCGGCGCAUCACGGUGCUGACGGACAAGGAGACGGCGGUGGCGCGGCAGAUGCUCGCCGCCGGCGACAAGAAGCGCGCGCUGCUCGCCCUGCGCCGCAAGAAGUACCAGGAGUCGCUGCUCGAGAAGACGGACGCGCAGCUGGCCCAGCUCGAGCAGCUGACGCGCAGCGUCGAGUUCGCCCUCAUCCAGAAGGACGUCGUCUUCGGCCUGCAGGAGGGCACCAAGGUCCUGAAGGAGAUCCACGCCGAGAUGGGCGGCGUCGAGCACGUCGAGAAGCUGAUGGGCGAGACUGCCGAUGCUAUUGCCUACCAGAAGGAAGUAAGCGAGAUGCUAGGAGGCAGGAUAACAAACCAGGACGAGGACGAAGUCGAAGACGAGCUCGCCGCUCUCGAGCUAGAAGUCAACGGGCCGGCGCCGCUGCCGAACGUACCGGUUACCAAGCUGAAUAAGAUACCCAAGGCCGCGGUCACGGAGCAGCAAGCAGCAGCAGCUCCUCAGGAGCAAGAACCCGAACAAGAACGAAGAGCGAUGCUUGCCGCAUGAACUAGGCACCGCUAGCCGAAGCGCACAGAUAUAUAACUAGGUACGGAGCAACCCUACAUAAUCGAGGACGGAACACGAGCAAUUGUUGGAAAUCUCGGGUGUAUAGUACGAGGUGGUACCCCUUGGAGCGGUUUUGAUUUGGAACUUGGGCGUUUACCUUAAGGGUGAUAUAGAAUAGCAUCAUGAAGACGGUUGGCUGCUUCGGCUAUCAUAAUCAAUGAAUAGACAAUGGAAACUCAUCCAAUAUCUUA